AUGAAGUUGGUAGAAAUAAUAAUAUUACCUGAAGUACAACUUGGGGAUCCCUUACAGCAAGUGCGGCUUCCCAGCCUCGAUCCUUGGAGACGAGAACGAACUAUGUUGGCAGAUAAUCGCUUUCGUAUCAUAGACUCCGCGAUGACACCUUGGCCACAUUUUGUCUAUGACAUAUUCGACUUUCAUCGAAUGAAACAGACUAUUAAGGAAUAUUUUAGGAAUUUUGUUAAAACGUCAAUACCAGAAGAGCCGGUCUCUUUGUCUUUUUGGACUGCAUCGAAUCUGACUCUCACACCGAGGGACAGACUGGCGCUGUUCAUGGUGGAUGAUGCGUUACUAAGGCUACAUAUGGAGGUCAGGCUAAUUGGAUUGAAUAGUGUCCUGUGUUGUGUGUCUUGUUCGACGGAAAUCGCGCGAAGAGAGAAUGUGUUCGCUAUGUCCACUGAGGGAGUGCAUUCAAAUUAUAUUAACUUAGGUGGAUAUAUGCACGACUUAGUGACCGUGACCCGAACUCAAAAUAUACAAUUGAGUGGCCCUGCUUCGACCGAGUUUUCUUGGUUUCCGGGAUAUGCUUGGAGUAUAGCGCUCUGCGUUUGUUGUAUGGCGCAUGUUGGUUGGAGAUUCGAUGCCCUAAAGCGUGCAGUACGCCCAUCACAGUUCUUCGGCCUUUGCCGCAAUAACGUCGUACCACGACCUGCCCCCACUUUCCCGCCUUCUACCCCGCCCCCUGCGAAUCUACCCUCAGACGGAUCAGUAUCCCAACCUCUAUAA